UAACUCAACCGUUUACUCCAAAGACAAAACCUGUUUUACUAUCUUCUCUGUUUGAUUAUUUGCAUCCACAUAUAUAUAUAAAGUACUUAAAAUAAGUCACGAUGAAUUAGCGUUAUUUUCAGCUCAGAAUAAUUCGUUAAUGUUGCAAAAUCGCCUCUAAAAACUAAAGAGAACGCGUGAUGUUUCCUGAAUGCAGCCCGCGUACUUCCGGUUAGUGGCGAAGACGAACAACCUUGGAUUAGUAGACGCGUGUAAACGACCAUUCAUGAGUUGUUUUGAUAUAUAACAGUAUUAUAGAGAUGUAAAUUGAUAGUUUAUCAACAUUAAAGUAAGAACAGAAGACUGUGAAGUAUCUACCAGCCUGUAAUCUAUUGGUACAACAUGCUCAGAGAGUGACUGGUCAACAUCACCUCUAAGAUGUCCCUGCCAAAGAUCUCACGUCUCCCCUCAGCGAGGCUGCUGAGCUCCAUUCAGCACCAGCUCCAGCCCUCCACCCUUCCUCUCACUGUUUCCAGAAGACCCAUGAGUCGGGGUGAAUACAGACGACCCGGUCAGCCCGCAGAGGACAAGCUCCCAUGGCAGAAGAUCAACUUUAACUUCUCCAAGGGUCUGGAGGGCGUGAAGAAGCAUUUCACUCUGCUGAAGAAGGAGUUCUCUGACCGCUGGGUGGGUCCAGAAGGGAAACCCCUCCUGGAGCACAUGUUGGAGCAGAACAGGGUGGUAUGGGAGUUUAGGGGUCCGGAGAGCCUGGAGGAGUGGACGGUGUCUUCAGAUAGAGAGAUAGGAGGUCAGAGUGAGGCUUACCUGAAGCUCGGCAGGAACAACACGUGCUUCCUGAACGGGACUCUGAGCUCUACGCCUCCGAGGGAUGGAGAGACGAGAUACAGCGGAUACUGCAGCAUGCGCUCAAAGCAGCCACUGGCUUCAUUCGACAGAAAGAAGCACCACGACUGGACGAGUUUUAACACCCUGCAUUUACGAGUACGAGGCGAUGGUCGCCCCUGGAUGAUCAACCUCGCCACAGAGACGUACUUCUCUCACCAGAAAGAUGAUAUUUACUGUUACUUCCUGUACACAAGAGGAGGACCGUACUGGCAGGAUGUGAAGAUACCAUUCUCUAAGUUCUUCCUCACACAUAAAGGGAGGAUACAAGACGACCAGCAUCCCGCCUGGCUGGAUAAGAUAAACACCAUCGGGUUCACGCUGGGGGACAAAGCAGACGGACCGUUCCAGCUGGAGAUCGAUUACAUCGGCGUCUGCAAGGAUUAUGCACACACCGAGGAGUUCGCCUACGAGAUGUACAAGAGGAAUCCAGAAAUUUGAGAGGAAGGAGUGCAGAAAACUGAUGAUAAACGGAUGCACCACCUUCUUGUGGAGGAUCAUUUUCAUCCCGUGCAUCAACACUGGAGUUCUUUUGAGAGACAGAUCAUGAACGAUGUUCCUUCACGGACUGAAAGUGUGGCAAACUCGCUCUACUGUGUCAGUGUGAAAACAAGACUUGAAGAACCAAACGUAAACACUGACUUAAAGCUCCAGUGAGUAACUUUGCGGGGACUAAACGUGAUGAUUUAUCUCUUUGUUGAUCUUGUCCUAAAGGAGGAGUAAAUAGUGAUUAAAUAAAGCAUCACAUCCAUCUUUA